CAGCGGCCGGAGCGCGGGGAGGCGGCGGCGGAGCUCGGAGGCGGCCCCGGCGCAGGAUUUUUCAUUCCCAAGCUGUCACGAGAUGGAGGAGGAGGAAAAUCCCUGGAGAUUCCGAACAAGGAGGGGCUGCAAGGAGGGAAGAGCCCCCCUGAGCCAGGAAGAUGUCCAAAUAUCCAGCCAGAGCUCAGAGCUGGUGGAGAAGCCUCGUGGUGGGGAGAAGCCACACAAGUGCUUGGAAUGUGGGAAGGGCUUCGAGUACAGGUCUGACCUGAGAAAACACCAGAGGAUCCACACUGGGGAAAAGCCGUAUGAGUGUGGCGAAUGUGGGAAGAGCUUCAGCCACAGCUCCAACCUGAGGAAACACGAGAGGAUUCACACUGGGGAAAAGCCCUAUGAGUGUGGGGAAUGUGGGAAGAGCUUUACCCAGAGCUUCCACCUGAGGGAACACCAGAGAAUCCACACUGGGGAAAAGCCCUAUGAGUGUGGAGAAUGUGGGAAGACCUUCAGGAAGAUCUCUGGUCUGAUCCAGCACCAGGUGAUCCACACUGCGGAACGGCCUUAUGAGUGCUUGGAGUGUGGGAAGAGAUUUGGGUGGAGCUAUGCCCUGAGAAGCCACCACCAGCGCAUCCACAUUGGGGAGAAGCCCUACGAGUGUCCCCAGUGUGGGAAGAGGUUUCAGUCCAGCUCCAGUCUCCUCAUCCAUCAGCAGAUUCACACAGAGGAGAGGCCCUACCGAUGCCCCGACUGCGGGAAGGGCUUCAAGUGCAACUCAUACCUCAUCCUGCACCGGCGCAUCCACACUGGGGAGAGGCCCUACAAGUGUCCUGAGUGUGGGAAGAGGUUUCAAAGGAGCUCCGAUCUCCUCGUACAUGAGCGGAUUCACACAGAGGAGAGGCCCUUCCGCUGCCCCGACUGUGGGAAGGGCUUCAAGCACAACUCCACCCUCACCAAGCACCGGCGCAUCCACACCGGGGAGAGGCCCUACGAGUGUGGGGAGUGUGGGAAGAGCUUCUGCAGCAGUUCUAACUUGACCCAACACCAACGGAGGCGCCACUAAGGGAAGCCCAGUGAGUGCCCCAAGUGCGGGAAGAGCUUUGUGCGCUGCUCCAGCUCCAUCCCCCAUGGGAGGAUUGGUGCUGGAUGAUCCCCAGUGACCCCUGUUGGGCAGAGCCCUGGUGAUCCAUGGUCCUGGUGAUCCGUUUUUGGGAGACACCUGGCUGGGAGGCUCCACAUCUUCAUGGCUCCCUGUGGGCACCUGGAUGAAUGCAGGGGCAGGAACAUCCAUCGGGACACAGUCCAACAAUGGGAAUUCCUUGGGGACAGGUGAUUUGUUGACUUUCAAUCCCAGUAAAUUUUUUGUGUUUAGUCCUAUUUUCUGGUGGCAUCAAGGAAUACUGGAUGGUCUUGGAGGUUGUUAGGUCAUAUGGGGGUGGAGCAGCACUAGAGACAAAGACCAUUCACCCCCAGGUUCAUGUGGCAACAGAGCUUGUUUAUUUCCAAGCCCUCCCUUUUAAAGGGCAUUUGAAAGACCCCGUGUGGAUGCCCUCAUUGGUUUGAACUCCAAGCCCCUUUGGGUCCUGGCCACUGACAUGCCUGCAGCCUUGGAAGAUAUGUGAUUGGGCGAGGCCCCUGUCAAUCAUGGUAACAUCUCACCCUUCUUGUCUUUAUAAAUUUUUGUGAAGUGCUCUCUGUCACCCAUCUAUCAAGGGCCUCUGCAAACAGGGUGACAGAAGACAGCAUGGGUCUAAUUUUUGCUGGACCUGCAGCAUUCACUUCCAGGACCUGUUAGGGGAGAACUCAGGCCGCAGGCAUAAUGCUUAUUAGUUACAAAUUACAACAUAUCUCUACAAGCAGAGAGCUAUUUAACCCUUAACCCAUUUAACCCUUAGAGAAAAACCCAAUUAUUAAAAAACAAGCUGUAACUCAGUUAUCCCUUGGAGAAACCCAUUUAUUCCUUGAGAAAAACCCAACUCCCAGAAAACAAUCUGUAAACAGAAGAACAGUUUUUGAACAGGAAAACAGUUUAUAAACAUGAGAAAAAAAUUGUAAGCAAAUCAAGUCCUUAUAUGAACUGUGCAUGAGGUAGGUGAUAAUUUGUGAUCAAUUAUUUUGUUGAGGCGACAUCAGAUGGCAUCUGUGAUUUUCAGUGUCCAUUGAAAUGUAUUUUAGGCAGCUGAAUAUUAUAGGGUUAUUGCACUGCUGUAUGAUUUAUUGUAAAACAUGAGAACAUGACACUACUUAAGAUUCAAAGGGGGGGUGUACUUUCACCCCAACCUUUUUCCCCUUUUUUUCUUUGCAUAAUAAAUAAAAAUAGGAACACAACAUGGAAUUUGAAUACUAUUACUUAGGGGGUUACUGAGGGCGUCUCUUUUUCACUAUCAGGACUUGAGAAAACCUCUUCCAGAUGAGGCUUUUUCAUUUAUCUCAAUGGAAAAAGGGUUUAACUUAUGCAAGGUUUCAUCUAGGUUUACUAAUAUAUUUUUCUUUACCAGCCAGGUUCAUGGCUUGAUCAGGGCAAUAACCUUGGUUGGGAGAGGUUUUCUGUAUUUAUAUUUUUAAAAAAAGCUUUUAUUAAUAUCUAGUGCAAGAAGAAUUUUUAACAUGAAUAAGAGUGCAAGCAAUAUACUUUUCCCCCUUUGUUAGAAGUUAGAAUUUUUGUUAUUGACUUUAAUAGAUUACUUUUAACUUUUAAAAUGAUGACAAGUAGCAGAAUUUCAGUUAAAAAACUUUGCAGCUGAAAUUUGCUUAUGGUAAAUUGAUGUUCUAUGUGUAACUCAGUGGAUAUUCUUCUAUCUUACCCAUUUAUCUUGAAGCAGUGCAAGAAUAAUUACUAGGAGUACUAAGAAAAGACAUGUUAAUACACAUACUCGAGUUUCUUUAAGACCCAGUAGUACCUGCCUGAGACAGAGUUGUAAUAUUUUCCAAAUAACUUUAGCAGAACUAGCAAUCACAGGCUUAUCAAUUUUGGUUUUAGCAAAUGCAGACAAUAAAAAAUACUGUACUAUGAACUCUAAGGCAGAUUUUACAAACAGGUGUACAUUUUCGUAACUCUUGUGUGAUAACCCUUCAAUAUUUUUACUCCUGGCAUAUUUUAUUAGUUUAUUAGAGUCUUUAGAUUAUGAAAACCUUGAUAUAUCAGGAGGUAAAGUGGUUGUGAGGCUCUUGAGAGGUGGAAAGUUGGUGUUUGUUUGCCUCUUCAUCAUCCAUUUGCAGGGAAAAGCUGGCUUUUCGCUGGACUGGAUGAGAGGCCAUGUUGAUUUCUGCUGCUGUGAAACAGUUAUCUCAUGUAUCUGGCCCCAUGUCUUUGGGCAGACUCAAAUGUUUCUGCUUUCACGCCACCAAACCUUGGCAUGCUUCUUUCCGCUGCUUUUUGCCGGGUGGGCUCCUCACACGGGCUUUUCCCACGCCCUACUUCUGGGUUUGAGGUUUGCAGGAGAUCCUGGUGGUGACGCUCCCAGACCCACCCUUGGGACAGGGUCGGAGGCAGGGCCGUUCCCACUGGAGGCAUGGCUGCAUUCCACAGAGGCUGGCUUGGGCGCGGGGCUCUGCCCCUGUCGCAGGCAGGAUUGGGUUGGGGCAGGCACGUCCUCCGAUGCAGGUGCGGCCAGGCACCAUGGAGGCACAGCUUUGGAGCCAGCCCACUCGGUCUCUGGAGGGGCCAGUCUUGACAUUUCCAUGGUGAUAAGAGGUGCUGGCGGUUCUGUUGUAAAUGGUGGGGUGGCGGUCUCAGCAGCCACAUCGCACAGUGUAAUGGCUGCAGAAUUUGCCUUUAUUCCGAGAGGAGUCUCAGCGGCUGCCAUGUGGUCUGGUCCCCCAGAAGAGGGAGGCAUGGCGUGUCUGCCUGGGUCAGCGAUAUAGUGGCCCAAGGUGGCUGCAUAGUGAUUACAGCAGUCUGGAGUGGACAUGGGGCAUUUCAGAGCUGCCAGGCCGCCAUUUCAGGCCGCCAUCUCUCCAUGUGGCUGAAUCGUGCAAUCUGUCCUGCUGGCUCCCUGGGCAGUACCAACAUUCACAGCACGGGCAGCCCCCAGAUUGUCUCAGUUUGCUGGGCUUCCCCCACUCCCCGGGGCUGGGCCCCUCACCACGGUCACUCCGCAGCAGUUCUUGCAGCGGCCAGGGCCUGCUGGCUCCCUGGGCAGUGCCUGCUCCUGCGCGGGGUUGCACAAAGAAACAGCUGCACUGCUGCCCUUCCCCUUUUGCCUGUCAUAUUCCAACUGUUCUAGCAAGUCCAUUACAGUUGUCCAAGGCUUUAUAGCACUGAUGGCUGUGUCCUCACCAUUAGAGGCUGGAGCAAUUAUAUAUUGUCCAACCCCCUCCCGAAAGGGUAAGUUUAAAGCGGUCUCUUUGGACACAUUUAGUUCAUGGCUCUCAAACCACGUGAACAGGGCUUGCAGAGCCUGUUCAUGGUAAUAAAUACCUCUUUUUAAAAAAAAGAACAUUCAUACCUUCAGGAUCGGGUAUUCUGGUGUUAAGUCCACGCUCCCAUGGUCUCAGUAAUUAUUCUAGUCCACAAAAACAGAGUUUGAAGCCACAUAGCACUUUUUGCUGUCUGCCCAGUGAAGUCCCAGUUACCGGGCCAGCUCUCUUACCGAUGUAUUUAUUCUGGUUGCACACUGAUCCAGCUCUCUGCCGUUGAUUCUGGUUCUAGACCGAUUCCAGCUGUACGCCGUAUUGUAUUCCAGUUCCAGCACCGAUGUCCAGCUCUGACGCUGUAAUAAUCCUGGCUCUAGACACUGUACCUGUGGUCUUUGCAGGGCAGCCAGGAUGAGGGAAGAGACGAGAAUCUUGACUCCAUGUUUCAGAAGGCUGAUUUAUUAUAUUAUGAUAGAUAUUAUAUUAAAAUGCUAUAUGAAAACUACACUAAAAGAAUAUAGAGAAAAGAUUCAUCAGAAGGCAAAACAGGAAUAGAAUGGAAUGAAUAACAAAGUCUUGUGACUGCUCAGAGAGUCGAUGCAGCUAGAUCCUUGAUUGGUCAUUAAGUAGAAACACCUCACAUGGACCAAUCAAGGAAGCACCUGUUGCAUUCCACAGCAGCAGAUAGUUAUUGUUUACAUUUCUUUUCUGAGGCUCCUCAGCUUUUCAGGAGAAGAAAAUCCUGGCAAAAGGAUUUUCAUAAAAUAUCAUGGCGACAAUACCAGCUCUUAUACCUUUGCUCUGUGCCAGGCUAUGGCUGCUGAGUCCUCAUCAUGUCGGGGUCAUCACCUGUUAGGUCAUGUUGCAGGGGGUUAGCACUGCAGGAGACAGGACUACUCAUCCCCAGGUUCAUGUGGCAACAGAGCUUGUUUAUUCCCAAGCCCUCCCUUAUAAAGAGCACUUGAAAGACCCCAUCUGGAUGCGCUCAUUGGUUUGAACUCCAAGCCCCUUUGGGUCCUGGCCACUGACAUGCCUGCAGCCUUGGAAGAUAUGUGAUUGGGUGAGGCCCCUGUCAAUAACGGUAACAGGAGGUCUUUUCCAACCUCAGUGAUUCCACAAUUUUGAUUUCCUAAUGCCUAAGGGCACCUUUCGCAGCCAAAUGGUGAUGAACUGGGGCAAAGACCAAGAAUUUGGAGAUUAAAGUGGGUCCACCACAAGCCAUUUAGAACUCCCAAUACUGGCAGAAAGCAUCAGGAUUCUCCCAAAAAAAGGGGUGCAUUUCUGCCCAUAAGCUGAGGGAGAAAUCCCCCAAAGCCAUUUAUAACCUCCCAAAACUGGUGGAAAGCAGCAGGAUCUUCCCUAAUACAGGCUCCUGAUGUCCUUCCCUGUGGGGCCUCACUCCAACAUCAGAGCCAGGUGUCGCCUCCUUUCCACUAACUCAUCCCUCAGGAAGGUGCCCCAAAAUCUCAGUAACCAGAUCGCCCUAAGCCCUUCAUCCCAACGUGCGGCUGUCUCUUUCCAGAUCACAUCUUGGCCAUCCUCCCUCUCCCAAACACAGCCCUGUUCUUGGGGGAGCAGAACUGCUGCUGGAAGCAUCGAUGUAUGCAGGGGAUCCUUUAUCCGCCUCAUGCAGCUCCAAGCUCUCAAGGGCAAAAUCCUGGUUUCUAGGGCUGUCCCCCUCCCCAAAUUUGUCGUGCUUAAUACCCAAGUGCAGCAAGCCCGUGCCCUGUGGCAGCAGCUGGAGCCAAAACAGCCCUGGGAGCUGCACUAAUGCCCGGCUGUGCUCAGGAGGGACUGAAAGGAAGGGAGUUCAUGAAGAACCACCCCCCUAUGGCCUUCACUGAGCACAAGAAGUGGCCGAGACCCCCAAUGCUGCCCUGAUGAGCCCUUGGUGCUGCUCUUUUAGUGUUGGGCAGUGGCCACUGUUGGCAUGGGUUUUUUGUUAUUUUUUUAUUCUAUUCUCUACUGCUGCUGCUUCUCGCUGCUCUUGGUGCAGCUCUUCCAUGAUACGGGUGGUGGGGACCCCUCGGUGCGGCUUUUUUCUUGUAUUUUAUGCUCUUCUCUAUGUUCAAUUCUAUUUGCACUGUUAUAGAUGAGCAAUAUAAUAGUUGGCUCUAACAAUUAAGAGAUAGAUAUUAUGUGGAUGUAUAGUAAUGUUAUGGUAGUAUGUCCCCAUAGUCCUCUUUCCCUUCCCCCUUAGGGCAUUUGGAAAAGGCUGGCUUAUUAUCAAGAGGUGCAGUGUAACAUCACCUGAUCUCCAGUCAAGAUGUAAGAAGGUAAUCUUCACCAAUGGACGGCAGAGAAGGAGUUGACUGACAAAACUUUGGGAAGAGCUGCUGCACUGUGUCCCUCUGCUCCCGGCUGGGGGAGCAGGAUCGGCAUCGGCUAGCUCCGACACAGCCAGCACCGGGAGGCACUCUCCGGAUGCACUGCAGUGUCCAGAGGGCGCCUAGCUGGAAUAUUUAGAGGCAGCUGCAGCAAAGUGAAGAAAAGAGGGUCUCCAUCCAGGGGCAAAGUCCAGGUUUAUUGAACUCCAGGGGAACCAGCUGGGCGAGGACCCCGGGACCAGGGUUACACGGGAUUAUAAAGGGGGAGGAGAACAGGGGUGGAACUGGACCCAGCUCCAAUCGGGAAACAGGGGGGUGGGGGGAUACAAAGGAAUGACUGCUGGGGUAACAAAUGCAUUUAAACUGGGGGCGGGACCUCGGCUCCUAAUCCAAUGACCCGACGGGAACAGUAGAAGAUUCUGGAACAAUGGGAGGGGCUGCCGAGUGAUGGAUAGGGGUCUGGGGAGGGGUCAUAGAAAUGAAUUAGCAGAAAUUUGGACAAUUGGGGUGGAGAUAAGGGGAUUGGCAUGAACUGAUGGGGAGGGGAGAACCAGGGCAGAACCAUAUAACAGGAGUGAACAGGGGUGAACAGAACAUACCAACUUUAAAUAAUAUACAAUAAAAAUUACACACCACAACAAAGAGCUAAGUAUUUAAAAGGCAGAGCAUCCAUGUUGUAGAAGAGCAUGUGGCUGAUAUUCAUGGGGGAGGGGCAGGGAGCUCCCAGAACUGUAGUUUUUCCUUAUUUGUUAUUUUGUUGUAUUUUUUUGUUAAGGUUUAAUAAACCUUUAAAAAAUUUAAAAGUGAGCAGUCAUUUCUCACAAUGGAGACUCAUCCAGCAUAAAAACCUCAUCUCCAUGGCCAUAAGAGAUUUUGAAAGAGAAGCGCACCCUGCUGCAACUUUGGCAGCUCAGUCAAGUUCUCCUGUGACCAUCGGUGAUUGCAGGUACAGACCCUGGGGACAGCAGAGGACUAAAUAAAGAAAAAUAAGAGAGGGAAGAAAACUGCAGAUCUAGAGGAUUGUGAGUAUUAGUGUGUGUAAGAGCUGAGAGUAUGCUUGAAGUGGGAGUAAGGUAGUGUGCUUGGGAUGGGUAUGAGACUUAGAAGAUCCUCAUAAAUAUUUUUGACCAGGUUGUAAAUUCUGUAGUCCCGAUGUAUAAAAUCAGCUUCAGACAAUACAUGGGACACAUACUGGUCUGUUGAAGCUUGAAGAUAUUAGAUGGUCAGAAGUAAAAGAAUGGUGGGACUUGUGUAGGAAUGUGCUGCCUGUUGAUGGAGUGACAAAAUUAUCCUUUGUCUCCUUGAAAAGGAAAAAAACCCAGAAAUUUCUCUCCUCAAUUAGGUAAAAAGGCACCUCAUAGGACCUUGGGGACUUCACCUCAAACUUAAGGAUAGCCAAUUGGACAGAAGCCAAAAAGUCCCGCCUAAGCAAUUUACUAGAAAAAGAGGAGAACAAAAGGAAACAAUCGCUUUUGUGAGGCCUUCUACCAGAAGGAAGAGCCUCUUCCCCGACUCGGUUUUCUCUGUAAAGAGCUUUGUUAUUUUGCCUUUUACUAAAACUUUCCUGUUUCCAACACUGCCACAGGAGCCAUCCUGCUGAUUUUAUGCCAUCUGAGGUGGCUGAGCUAUCUCGGGUGUGAUAUAGAUCUCCAGGAGCUUACAAGACCUGGCUCGAGGAGACCCUUCUAUCACUCAUGGGGUGAGGAAAGUGGAGACCCUGUGGCCAGCAGGACGCAUGUGGAAGAGGGGCAGAGAAGCUGCAGGCAGGAUGCAUAGAAGAGGAGAGCGGGGACCCCGUGGCUGGUGGGACGCAUGAGAUCGAAGGAUUUGUAGGGGUUUGAGAGCACCUGGGGGUUGCCAGGUUAAGCGUCACGGUGUUCGAGUGAUGGUGAAAGCCACCAUUCAGUGGCGAUGGUGCUCGUGUGGAGGCGAGGAGCUGCGGCAGCUUUCCCAGCCUGCCAGUGCUGCGCUGGGGGAAGAGGCCGUUGUGGCUGCUCUGCAUGGAGCAGUGGUGUGCUCAGUGCAGUCAGCUUCUGGUGCACGCUCCGCGAGAUAACUUCCAGAGCUUGCCAGCUGAGGCUUGAGAGGGGGUGCUGCUGCUGGUGGCGGCGACUGGGAAGCACCGAGCGCUGGUGACAAACUGCGUGCACGCGCCCCUGCCCACGGUGACUUGGUGGCAUUAAGUGGCGGAGCCCGGCAGGCUGACCUGGUGGUGGGGUGCCCACAGGUGGGGGGGCCUGCGACGGUGGGGCCGCCGCUCAGAGAAGGCCGAGUGCGCAAGGGUUUCC